AUUUGGCAGGAGUAACAUUGCCUUCAAAAUAGCAUCUACAGGGUCACAGACAAAAUGUCACGGUGCUCUUUCGUCUUCGUGACGGCCAAAAACGCCGACGUCAAACUCAUCAACCGCUUCCUCCUCACCAUCCGGGACUGGGAGUACGGCGAAGACGACACCUGGGACUGCUUCACCCUCGUCACCUCAAAGUCGGAACCCCUCCCGCUAGACGCAGAAUCCACAAAGCCGCCACUGCAAGAGUUGCCUCCCAAUGAAUGGGAAGGCUGCUCCCUCGAAGAAGUCGAGGCCGCGGUCCUCGCGAGGGGCAAAGAAGAAGACUCGGCGUACGGCAAGCAGCAGGGCCCCAACAACUUGAGCCUCUUCCUCGUGCUCGACGACAAGAGCGUCGAGGACCGGACCGUGAUCCUGUGCCAGCGGGCCAUCGACUGGGACGCGGAGCCGCUGACGUACCCGGAAGGGUUCAACAAGUUCCGGACGCCGUGGACGUCGGCCUACCUGGAUUGGUGCAACCUCGACAUCUCGAAUGUCGGGUGGUCCGAGAUGUGUGACUGGGAGGACGCCGACGAGGGAAAGAAUGAGAGGGACGGGGUGUGGUGGACGUAUGGGAAUCACGUCGAGGAGCUUACCUCUGAGGAGAAUAGGAAGAAGCGUGAUGCCGUGAUUAAGGAGCUGGAGGGGCUUGGGCAGGCGUGAUGGAUGAAUAGCUGGACUAGGGAAUCAUGAGUCGCCGUCGUGCUGUUUCCGCUUCUGACUGUGUGAGCACAUGGUGUCGCCUGAGUAUACAAAUGGUUAGGAAGGCAGUCCCAUUCUCGAGAGUUCAAAAUGUA